UUAGCUCAAUUAUUGCAUGCUGGACGCAUAACACUCUUUCCUUUCCUUUUCGACACAACUUGUUUGACCGAAUCCAACGAAUCGACACCAUCCGACCUCAUUGACAGUGCCCAUUCUCAGCAUACGACAUACAUUCAUAGAGCAACAAAAGCCCAACCCACUCGUUUCACUACUAAUACCACAGAUACAUAUCUCUCUAUUUUUUUGUCGGCUGUUGAUACCCUCCCUCCCUCCCUCUCUCUCUCUCUCUCUCUCUCUCUUUAUCGCUCCGUCGUCAACCCUCCCUCUUUCCAGUAAAAAUGUGGAUCAUAUCACGCAUCUUUGGCGAAUCACGGUGGACACGUGCCAUUUUCUUUACGAUUGUCAUCCAAGCCGUUCUUGCCACCGUGUUUGAAGCUGUCAUUUUUGCAUAUCACGCCAAUCAGAUCAGUAUCAUUGACCAAGAACGUCUGGACCAAAAAGGAUUUGGUGAUGAAUUAGCAACAGCUUAUGCGAAUGCACGGUCGUUACUUGUCUAUUUUGUCUUGUUUAUUCUGGCGCAGAUCUUUACAGUCGCUCUCGUCGUUGAUGCGAUCUAUCAAAAGAACACGAUCCAGCUUAUUGCACUGAUUGCGUUUGAAUUGGGCAUGUCUGCGUACUCGAUCAUCCAAUACCACCAAUCAUCAACACUCUUUGACACGAACGACGCGAACGUACAGCUCGUUGUAGCGUAUCUUGGCGACGCAUACCAUGCCUCGCGAUGGGCAGAAAUCACCAUGAUCUGUAUCAUGCUUAUCAGCAGCAUUAUUUUUGUGUUCCUUGCAUAUAAACUGUACCUGGAAUUCGGUUGGCACAUUUACAAAAAGAUCGGUGCCGAUUUGGCGAUGCGAGAUCGAUACAAGAUGUACCAAAUUUUCAUGAUGCUGCUAAAACUGGAUUUCUUCUUUUUCCUGGCGCUAUCCGUUCAAUAUUUGGCAUUGCUUUGCGUUGCAUGGUGGCCCGAGGCCACUACGGACGAAGAAAAAUCCGUCAUUGUCAAGGAACUGAUUGAGCACGUCAUCCUCAGCUGCGCCGUCACCAUUGCCAUGCUCUGCUUGGCCUACUGGGGACUACGGCGGGAGAAGAAGGUGGUCAUGUAUCUGUUCCAUGUGCUUGCCGGUACGAGCAUGGGCUAUUUCAUCUACCUCCUGGUCCAGAUCUUUUCAAACCCUGCUCGAUUUCUUGGCUCCAAGGUUUUCCUCACUUUCUUUUUGAUUGUCGAUGUACUUUUGAUCGUGGUGUCUGUGCCAGUUUCCAUUGUCUGUUUGCGAAACUUUAACCAUGGCCUGAUCAAUCACAUAUCACAUGCGAGGGCAACCUCUGCAACAGCUGGGCAUUCCUUGGCACCUAUUGGCCCAGAGAAGUCAAGCACCCGGCGAUGGUCUAUCGAAUAAGACAAGCGACUACUACUACUACUUGCACACGUCACACACACUUACAACAACAACAACAACAGCAUCAUCAUCAUCAUCAUCAUCAUAACAACAAC